AUGAAAGUCAAAAUACAUGAAAAAUCAGGAUCAGAUACUGAAGCCUCAUCUCAUGAGUCCGAGGCCGAGGUGUCUGAUACUGAAGUAUCAAAAACUUAUACAGUCAUACCAUCAUCUGAUUCAUUAUCACUCACUGCAUCAACAUCCACCGCUGAAUUACCCCCUGUUACCGAGAAGACAACACCAACUUCGUCACCGGCUGCACCUGUAAUUACUACAACCGUCGCAGCAUCACCAACAUGGUCUACUGGGUCAGCGACAUCGACUGGACCCCAAUUCGCGUUGCCGCCAUGGCAAACUACGACUGGCCUUGACUUUGGUCAUCCAUCAUCCGCACUUUACGUGUCAAGUCCAACAGCCACACCAACUUCAGCAAUGUUCGAGACUUUAACUAAAUUCAUGAAAAAUAAAUUUAGUAAGUUACAUGCUUGUAUUGACCGUGCCAUAAGUCACCGUCCUGCGGCCACGUCACUAUCAUCUGGGACAUCAAGAUUCGACAUCCAGUGGAUGGAACGCAUCGACGAGAAGCUAGAAGACCUGCAAAUCGUCAUUCAAACCAACACUGACCAAGUCGCAGAACUCAAAACACAAUUAGAGUCUCUGAAAAUGCCUCUAGUCACUCCCCAACCAGAGUCAAACAUCAAAUUGCCAAGCCCAGAAGAAUUUGCUAAGAAAUUCCAGGAGGUCAAUCUGAAAACACAACUGACCGUCACCGAAAUCAGCUGUCAGACAACAACGACCUCAACUGCAACCUCUACUCCAGUCAAAGUAGAGCAUGACAUCGGUAUUACUCCAAACAACAAAUCGGUGUUGCCAUUACUGGCUCAACAAGCUUCCGCUUGCGGUCCGAAUCCAGGACUCAAGAUUCGUGAUGGCGCAUACCAACGUCCACCGCCGGAAAAUGCCAGAUUUCCACCAUCAUCACUGCUAGCUAGGCGAACGGCUCACCAAGAGCUGUCUGAAAAAGAAAUUUCGACACUACGAGCUUCGGGAGCCAUCCCCAAAGACAUUAAAACGAAGAUCCAGAUGGUAACGUUCCUCAAUUCGUUACAAUACUCACAGACAGCUCCAGCGCCAAGAUAUGAGGUUCCAUUGCAACCUACAGAGGCCUUCAAACAAUUUUUGUCGGACCUACCACCUGCUCCAUCAUGA